AUGCCUCCCGAAUUUCCUGCUCUCGGUUCGGCGGCUGUUGUUACUGCCAUGUGUAGUGCCGCCCAACUGCAGCUAGAAGACGAGGAUGAAAAUAUCCAGGGCGGUGCUCAAUGGAUCUACGAUGCUGGUCCGGUCCACACCAAAGAUUCGCCCAUGGCCAGAGAGUUCAAUUCUGGCCCCUAUGUCCCUGAGCACAAGCGGUAUAUUGAAGUUUUAGAGCAACCUGGAUGCUUGGCUUCCGACAUGGAAGUGGCUAUGCUAUUCACUUUAGGGCAAGUGUAUGGUAUCAAGACUGGCUGUGUUCUCGCUCCUAUUCGUGGUGGAAGUGAUCCCAUCUCUGACAAGGCAAACCUCAAGAGUGAGGUGAUUGGUCGCUCGUGA